AUGGAAAGACAAAAUAGUGCGUAUCAAGUUCUGGUGGAUAGAUGUCGGAGCUUGGAGGAGAAACAAGUCAAGCUAACGGAGCAGUUCAAUGAGUUGAUGCAGGAGAAGGUCAAAGACAAUGAAGAUUAUUUAGCCGGUGGUAUAUUUUCCGGUUUCUUCUUCUCUAUAAGUCCUUAUGCUAACGUUUUGAAAUGCAUGGGACACGCCGUUCAUAUCCAUAGAGUUUCCUCCGGCGAGAUCGUAUACUGGAAUGAUUCAGCAGAAACUCUGUAUGGAUGGAAGAAACAUGAGAUAAUUGGACAAAGAGUAGCUGAUUUCCUAGUUUCUGAGGAAUAUUUCGUAUCUCUAAGAAAAAUUCUAGAACAGUUGAUCACAGGGGUGCCAUGGUCUGGGCAGUUUCCUUUCAAGAAGAGGUCUGGUGAAAUAUUUAUGGCAAUGGUAACCAAAACUCCUCUUUAUGAGAAUGGUGAGCUUGUUGGUGUUAUCACUGCUUCUAGUGAUGCAUCUGUAUUUAACUCUAAGGACUUCAACGAUCGAAGAACUUGCCAAUCUCGUGCGAAUGACCAACCUGGAAUUCAAAGGUUAAAAAGGAUUCAGUGGCCUCCAAGCCCAGAAAUUGCAUCAUCUGUUCCCAAUAUGGCAUCAAAGUCUCUUCCACUCCGGCAUACAGCGGACACAGUUUGCAAGAACACUUCAACAGACGCAGAUGACGAAAAACUAGGGAAACAUAGCAUUUAUGAAAUAGAUUCUCGUUCAAGAAGUCACCAAAAAGAAAACACAACUGUCCAGGAGGCCAAGAAGGAUAAGUCUACAGCUAAAUUUAGCCAACCUUCUAAAAUUGCUGCUAGAGUCUUUGCUAAACUUCGAAUUAGGAGAAGUGGAGAACGAAGGAAGGAUAAUAGAAGUAUUAAAGAUAAUUGCACAACUGAUGAUAAUUCAGGAAGUAAUAGAAUGAAUAAUGGAAAUGAUUUAUCUGGAAGUUCAGUUGCAUUAACCUUGCACCAGGAUAUUUCUAAUGCAGAAGAUAAAGAAGGAAAUCUCCAAAAAUGUAAUUCUUUAUUUGUUGUAAAUAUAACAGAUGCAAAAAUUUCUACACAUGGAACUUCUAGUGUUUUCAAAGAUAGUUCAGCUAAACCAUUCUCAAAGGACUGUUGUGAAUGUUCUGGUUCUCUCUUUCCCCACGAUCCUUUGUUAAGAUUACGCUGUCCAUUCAAUCCAAAGAAAUUAGAGCCAGAAGCUAUGAAUAUGGUGAUAAAAGAUGAAGUGCAAAAGCAGCGGCAAGGGUUUCCGUUGGGGAGCUCAAAGGAGAGUAUAGGUGACGAUGCGAGUUCAUCAAGCAGAGAGAAAAGUGAAUCAAACUCUGUUGUAGAGUGUGAAAUCCAUUGGGAAGACCUUCAAUUAAGAAAAGAGAUUGGGCAAGGUUCUUAUGCUGUUGUUUAUCAUGGAAUUUGGAAUGCAUCGGACGUUGCUGUCAAGGUUUACUUUGGGAACGGAUAUGCAGAGGAAACGUUACGAGACUACAAAAAAGAGGUUGAUAUAAUGAAAAGAUUGAGACACCCUAAUGUAUUGCUUUUCAUGGGAGCAAUAUAUUCUCAGGAAAGGCAUGCCAUAGUGACAGAGUUAUUACCUAGAGGAAGCCUUUUCAGAACACUUCACAAGAACAAUCAAACGUUAGACAUCACAAGGCAUCUUAGAAUGGCUCUUGAUGUUGCUAAAGGAAUGAAUUAUCUUCAUCACAGAAAUCCACCAAUAGUGCAUAGAGACCUAAAAUCUUCCAACCUGCUUGUUGAUAAAAACUGGAAUGUCAAGGUUGGAGACUUUGGCCUGUCGAAGUUAAAGGAAUCAACUUUACUGACUACCAAAUCCGGAAGAGGCACCCCUCAAUGGAUGGCUCCUGAAGUUCUCCGCAGUGAACCUUCAAAUGAAAAGUCUGAUGUGUUCAGUUAUGGAGUCGUCCUUUGGGAAAUAAUGACUCAAUCUAUUCCAUGGAAAAAUUUGAAUUCUUUACAGGUCGUUGGAGUAGUAGGCUUUAUGAAUAGAAGACUGGACCUACCGGAGGGGCUUGACCCGCAUGUAGCUUCAAUCAUAAAUGACUGCUGGCAAAGUGAUCCAGAACAACGGCCGUCGUUUGAAGAGCUAGUACAGAGAAUGAUCUUGAUUCUUGACAGAGUAACAACGUUGUCAUUGAAGAGAAUUGCAGAAUUCUGA